UCACCUUGAAGUUGAAAGAAGAAAUUGAGCGGCUGGUAAAAGCUGGAUUCAUUCGGACGUGCAAGUAUGCAGAAUGGUUGUCAAAUGUAGUGCGGUGUUGAAAAAGAAUGGAAAAUUAAGAGUCUAUGUUGAUUUUUGAAACUUGAACUUAGCCACACCAAAGGAUGAGUAUCCCAUGCCAAUUGUAGACUUGCUAGUUGAUGGACUAGUCCGUCACAAAAUUUUAUCUUUCAUGGAUGGCCAUAGUGGGUACAAUCAAAUUUUUAUUGCAAACGCAGACGUUCCAAAGACAGCCUUUCGAUGCCCAGGUGCUCUUGAAACUUUUGAGUGGGUUGUAAUGCCUCUUGGUUUGAAGAAUGCUGGAGCCACCUACCAAAGAGCCAUGAAUGUAAUUUUUCAUGAUAUGAUUGGUAAAUUCAUGGAAAUCUACAUUGAUGAUGUUGUGGUAAAGUCACAGGAGGAAGAAGACCACCUAACUCAUUUGAGGAAGGCUUUUGAGUGGAUGAGACAGCAUGGUUUGAAAAUGAACCCACUAAAUUUCGCCUUUGGAGUGUCUACAGGUAAUUUCCUUGGAUACUUGGUACAUGAGCGUGGUCUGGAGAUUGACAAAAACAAGGCCAGGGCUAUAAUCGAGGCUCAACCACCGUAGACCAAGAAGGAGUUGCAGAGAUUUCUUGGCCAAGUUAAUUUUUUAAAACGUUUCAUUUCUGACUUGGCUGGGAAAACCAGAGUCUUUUCUCUUUUGUUGAAACUCAAAUCUAAAGCGGAUUUCAAGUGGGAAGAACAACAUUAGUCUGCCUUUGAUACAAUAAAGUAGUAUUUAUCCA